AUACGUACACGCCUACACCCCUAGCUUAUUCUAUAACCACGAUUGAAUUAAAUCCAGAUUCUGCCAUAUCCCAGAAUUAUCUGAACACUGAUAACUGCGAUCUUAUCUUGCCUUUCUGGUAAAACAUAACCUGGAUGCCCACCAACCUGGUAAGGUCAUUUGGCUGCAUAGCCUUUAUCAACGGCCGUACGUCAUGCAGUCCCUCCGACAUAUAGGAAACCACUUGCUAUACAAGGUAUUUUCUAAGUAUAAAACUUGCGUACCCCAUAACUUCCGAUCAUUUCCACACCACCGUUACUAUGUCGACAACUAACAGCCCCGAAGAUACAACGUCUAAGUGGUACAAAUGCAGCAUUUACUUCCCGUACGUUACUAGUGCCAUCAUCGCUGCGUCCAUUAUCCCAGUCUUUCUUCCGCAGCUCCUCUUAAGGCCCCAUUCGGGCGAGUUGAAACCGCCUGACAGCCAUGGAAGGGAUCCGAUCGGAAUGUCUAGACCAGUCAACCCAACUUUCUAUCUCUUGAACAUUAUUGUCAUUUUCAAUGCACUGUUAUCACACAAUAUGCAGGGGUUCAUACAAGCAUAUUUCCCUCUGCCGGUGUUUUACGGUGCACUUGGCUUCCAGGUACUAUUGAUGUUUAUUCUGCCGUUCCUCUCCUAUUCUCAGCUGCACCUGUAUCUUAUCUGUUCCAUAGUGGUGAUGCAGUUCUUCACAAGUAUCUGUGUAUAUUUCUUCAAACACGAAGCCUUGCACAAGAUAAUUGAUGCUUUGCGGUUAGAGUACGUGCUCUCCCAUAUUCCUGAAUACUGGGAUGCCCGGGAUACGGAUGGUAGCCUAAGUGAGCCAGCAAGCCCUGACACAAACAUGAUUAUGACAGCGAUUCAGAAGAACGGUAACACCCAAAUUAAAAAGUGCGUGUUAUUACUCUGCUUAGCAAAAGUUAAUGUGGUGGUUUAUUCAUUUUGCUCUCAGGUAUUCUCGUGGGAGUUAUUGAACACCUUUCGCUGGAUGAAUGAGUCCUCGAUUCAAAACUCCCCUUCGUCGGUGUGGUGGGUUUUAUGGGGUAUCAUGGUUGGGUUGCAUAUGGUGGGGAUCUACUUUUUAGUCCUUGGGGUGUCAUACCCUCGCCUACUUAAAUUCACCGAGACUGAAAACCGCGAGGGGUUGAGAUGGCUAAACAUUACAAUGGGCUUUAUGGUGCUCAACGACAUUUUGUUAUUCGGCACCACGGCCUACUUCCACUAGUUGUGGACAGAAUUUGCUACAGAUUGAUGUAUCAGUUAUUGUGCCUAAUUAAACAAAUAAUUCUAAACCUCCUUUUAUGAUACGCUGGGCAACCUUUACCCUGGGGUGUGUAUGUAGUUUACCUGAUUAUGACGAUUGAUGAAUCAGUGACCGUUAUUUAGCAAGCGUGCUCGCCAUUCCUAGGUUUACCCGGUCCGCCAAGCUCUUGAAUCAGAUGAACAUCGUAUUUCUCUCUUAAUAUCUAGAGCAAGUGUUAAUAAUUAGUUAUUGAGUUAAACUUGAAAAGAAUGGCACAUCGGUC